AUGAUGAAAGGUUUUAAACAACGGUUCAGAUCCAAAACAGGGUCUGCCAAGGGAGAAAAGAAGAAGGACAAAAAGGAGGAAACCGGAAAGAAGCCGGAAAAGGUCAAAUCCACAGGCUCGUUCCAAAGUAAUUCCUCAGCCAGUACCAGUCCAACUUCGAUGAAAAGAACACAAUCUGCGUCUUCGGAACAGUCGUCUUUGAAUUCAGGAGUUGACAACUCGGCAAGUGCUUCCCCUCCUUCCACGUCUUCUACAAAAUCAGGCUCACAAUCACAACCUCCGCAGAUCCAAACUCCAACACCACUGGCGGCGUCUUCCUCAAACAGGGGCGAUGAUGUCUUACCUGCAGAGAUCGAGCUUUCUAAACUACACACGGCCCAUCAUUCUCCUUUCGACAAGGUCCCUAAAGAUGAUCUUGGAUUGAAACCGCGUACCCCUCAAAGACACUCCUCUUCUAGAUUCGAACCAACCAAUGAUCAGCAACCAUUUGAGAAACUGGCCAGUUUCGACGAGGUCGACCCUGAAUUUCAUGUGGAGCUGUUCAUCCAGAAAGUCGACCAAUGUAAGAUCAUGUUCGACUUCUACGAUCCUUCCUCGGAUAUUCAGGGCAAAGAGCUGAAAAGAAUCACUUUGCAUGAGUUGACCUCUUUUAUCAGUACAACAAGAAUGACUUUCACUUCAGAAAUGUAUGAGCAUGUGGUGGAAAUGUUUAAGGUCAAUGUUUUCAGACCAAUUCCCCCUCCGGUAAAUCCAGUGGGUGAAAUUUACGACCCUGAUGAAGAUGAACCUGUUUAUGAGCUAGCUUGGCCACACAUGCAAAUGGUGUACGAAUUUUUCCUCCGAUUUGUCGAGAGCCCUGAUUUUAACAACUCCAUUGCAAAGCCCUACAUAGACCACAAGUUUGUGCUCACAUUGCUUGAAUUAUUUGACAGUGAAGAUAAUAGGGAGAGAGAUUGCUUGAAAACUACGCUUCACAGAAUUUACGGAAAAUUCUUGAGUUUAAGAUCGUUCAUCAGGAAAUCCAUCAGCAAUAUCUUCCUCAACUUUGUCUAUGAAACGGGAAGAUUCAACGGAAUCUCCGAGUUGCUUGAAAUCCUUGGUUCUAUCAUUAAUGGAUUUGCAUUGCCAUUAAAAGAGGAACACAAGAUUUUCUUGAUUCGGGUCUUGAUCCCUUUGCAUAAAGUCAGAUGUUUAUCGUUAUACCAUCCACAGUUGGCCUACUGUAUCCUUCAAUUUUUAGAAAAAGAUCCAAGUUUGACUGAAGAGGUGAUUAUGGGGCUGCUCAGGUACUGGCCGAAAAUCAACUCUCCAAAGGAGCUUAUGUUUUUGAAUGAAAUCGAGGACAUUUUUGAAAUCAUUGACUCCCAAGAAUUCCAGCGAAUUGAGAUUCCGCUGUUUGCUCAGCUAUCCAAAUGCAUUUCCUCGCCUCAUUUCCAGGUCAGCGAGAAGGUUCUUUGUUAUUUCAACAACGAGUAUUUUGUUUCAUUGGUUACUGAAAACGCAGAGAAUAUUUUGCCAAUCAUAUUCCCGGCAUUAUUUGAUCUGGCACAACCAGAGCUGGAUGCAAUUGAACAACAACAGCAACAACCGGCUAUGGAAUUCACCUACGACGAACCAAACAAUUGGAACCGCACAAUUUCGUCACUCGCUUACAACGCUCUCAAACUGUUUAUGGAUACAAAUCCAAUAGUUUACGACAGAUGUUGUAUUCUGUAUGAAGAGCAGACCAAGGAGGAAAAGAGUCAGAAGGAUCUGAGAACGCAGCAUUGGAAAAAACUAGAAACUUACGUCGAGAAACUCAAACUAGGCGACGAUGACGGAUUAGAAAGUGUCCAGAUUAAAUGA